UUGUAAUAGAAAGUUUGAACAUUUUUAAGGAAAAUGCACCGUAGAGUUAUUGCACAUCGUUUAAGUGCAAAACGUCGCACAGCAGACGUCUUAAUCAAUGAGAAAGUCGAUUUCUCAGGGUUAAUUUUAUCCAAAGAUGUCCUCAAAGGGUUGAAAAGUGCUGGAUUUGAAAGACCAUCACCAAUUCAACUAAAAGCUAUUCCUAUUGGUCGUUGUGGUGUAGAUUUGAUUGCACAAGCAAAAUCAGGCACAGGGAAAACAUGUGUCUUUAGUGUGAUUGCUUUGGAAAGCAUCAUUCUUACAAUGAUGUCAAUACAAGUGUUGGUUCUUGUGCCGACUCGAGAGAUAGCUGUUCAAAUCAAGGAUGUAAUGAACUCUAUUGGUCAACAUAUGCAAGGACUUCAUGUAAAUGUUUUUAUUGGUGGUUUGUCUAUUGAAGAUGACAAGAACAAGUUGAAACUUUGUCAAAUUGCUAUUGGUACACCAGGACGGGUCAAACAUCUAAUUGACAGCAAACUUUUGUCUACUAUAUCUGUGUACAUGUGUGACGAUCAUGACCUAGGUAGCUAUAUCUGUGUACAUGUGUGA